UGCAAACAUUAUCCAAAGCCCUCUUCUUGUCUCUUUGGCUUUCUGUUCUUUGUUUCUUUUGUUGUUUCUUUUGUUCUUUCGCCAUGGUUUCUCCUGAUGCUGUUCGUACGGCGCUUGGAGUCUGUGGAAAUGUCAUCUCUUUCUUCUUGUUUCUCUCUCCUGUGCCGACGUUUAUCCAAAUAUGGAAGAAGAAAUCAGUGGGACAGUUCUCGCCAGUGCCAUAUCUAGCAACGUUGAUGAAUUGUCUAGUGUGGACAUUGUACGGGUUACCAAUGGUACAUCCAAAUAGUAUGCUCGUCAUCACGAUCAACGGCAUCGGUAUCGUGAUCGAGCUUGUGUACAUAAUCAUCUUCUUGAUUUACACUAAUGAAAAAAAGAAGCGGCUACAAGUGCUAGGAGUGGUGCUGGCUGAGAUCAUCUUUGUGGCUCUCUUGACCGUCCUGGUUCUCACCACCGCUCAUACCUACACUCUUCGCUCCACCAUUGUUGGCUCCGUUUGUCUCGUCUUUAACAUCAUGAUGUAUGCAUCACCAUUGACUGUCAUGAAACGGGUGAUUAAGACAAAAAGCGUGGAAUAUAUGCCGUUUACUCUAUCCUUAGCUUCAUUUGCCAAUGGCGUUAUUUGGACAUCUUAUGCUAGCAUCCAUUUCGACCCCUUCAUUGUGGUUCCCAACGGCCUCGGAACAUUAUCGGCCGUUUUGCAGCUCGUCCUCUACGCCGCCUUUUACAAGUCCACUCAGCGCCAAAUUGCCGAUAGAAAAGCCCAAAUUGGCCUCUCCGAGAUUGUCGUCAACGGCGGCUCCCUGUCAAACAAGGCCACCAGCGGCGGAGAUCCAACUACCCCUGUUUCUCAGACGACGCCGCCUCACAAAAAGUGAUCGGACGGCGGCGGCCGGUGACCGGAAAAUCCGUUAAACCCAAUUCAUAAUUAAAAAGAAACGUUUUGGUUAUGAUUUUGGGCAUUCUGAGUUUCAUGAAUAAACCGAAUUGUUAUUAUUAUUACUUAAAUUUUAAGUAAUAAUAAUAAUGAUGGUUUUGGUUGGUUUUUUUUUUUCUUUUUUUCUUUUUUUUUUAUUAGGGAAGGGCAUUAAAGUCAUUAUGUCCUUUUCUUUUUGGUCUUUUUUUUUCCUUGAGAAAACACAAGGAAAAAAAAAGGCGCUUUGAAUUUGCGUUUUGAUGACGUGUCAAUAUAUUUGGAAUUUUUAAGGGUUCAAAUUUGGUAAA